GAUUGCCUUCUGGCAAACAUUAUCGUGACACCGUUUUGUGCGUGUUGAAGAGUUGGUCGGGUUCGAUCGGUUCUUCCGCUGUAUCGACCGGUCCAGUUGGUGGCCGCGCGGUUCUGAUCCAUGAAUACAGUGAUAUAGUAAUUUUCCUCGGUGUGCAUUUACCGUGCAUCGUGGUACAACCAUCCUGCGACAAUUACUCGCGCAAUUCACUGAUGUAGAACGAUAUGGCUAUCAACAUAAAAUUCACAAAAUUCGACAACACACCAUGGGGAUUUCGAUUGGCAGGUGGAAGCGAUUUUCCACAGCCACUGACUGUCAUCAGAGUCAUAGAAGGGAGCCUAGCAGAAUGCAUGGGCAUAAAGGUCGGCGAUGUGGUAGUGAGAUUAAACGAUCAACCCAUCAGUAAUUUAACUCACGGUCAGGCACACGAAGAAUUAAUGCGAGCAGGAAAUAAUUUUGUUCUAGGGGUACAGAGAGGAGAAGAUUCGCUGAAAGCUGUGGAGGCAUUGUCCGACGAGAACAUCGUCCCCUAUAAGAUCCCGCUCGCAGAUUUACCGCCUGUCUUCCCAGAGCAAAUCUUGAAAGAGGAAAGAACUGUGAUCGAGCGGCACGAGGAGAUAAAGUACGAGGUAAAGCCAGCAGAAGAGGAGGCGAAGCCAGAGGUAGAAUCGCUCCCGGAGAAGCCUAAGGACGCAAAUAGCGAGAUUGUGCCGAAUGAAAAUCUUACGGACGACGAGAUCGCGCAAUUGAUCCUCGAGGAAGAGGAACUGUUGACCGACAAAGGGGUUUUGGGGGUGAACUUUAAGAAACUCAAGCCCCGUGCCACUGUUCUAAGGCAAUCGAAGGUGAUCGAGGAACUUCAGAACCUUGCCACAGCUGAACCACCAUUGGUAGAACAGUUGAGACGUACCUCGGUGUUCCUACAGAAACCACAGAGACCGAUACCGGCGCCACGUAAGAAACAGGAGGAACAAGAAGAAACAGAAGUCGAGUCGUACAAAGUCGUGAUAAAGAAGCAGAAAAGGAGGAGCGUGACCGACCGACUGCUAGAGAGGGGUCUGCUGAAACCCGAGGGCACGAGCACUCCGGAACCUCCUACUCCUGAGGUAAACAUGGAAAAUAACGAAGUGGGGACGAAAAUCGAGGAAGAGGGUUCGUCGAUCGUUUCGUUAAUGCCGCUCGAUGAUGAUAGUCUAAGCUCGCAACAACCACUCGAAUCGCCCGCCAUGUGUUCCGUGGUGGUGUCCUCAUCGUGUCUCGAACUUCCGAUCGAGACCUGCUCGAAUCAGUGUUCUCUCGAUGCGGAAGAACCUGAGGCUCGUACGCAAUCGGAAUCGGAUGUUGCACCGGUACAGUUGUCGAAAUACAGAGAGAACGUAGUAUUAGCGCGACGUGCGCCGAGCAAGCGCAAGUUGAAGAUUUUCUACACGAGAGGUCAUUACUUCCGAAGGUGUCUGUUCGGGAAGAAAAGCCACGGUGACGUUAAGAAACCGAUUAAAGUAAAGCCUUCGUUCAGGGAACGCUUGCAGGAAAGCGACUUCGUGCAAUCGAACGAUCGCAGCAUGGAGCAGCUUCAAGAACUUCCACGUCGCAAUAGCAUCGAGAAAUCUUCGAAAUCCAGGAUCAAAGGUCGUUACCUUGAGACGUACUUGAAGCGAGAGGAUAAUUGGAUGAGGCGAAUGAUCGACGGGCUGUUCGAGAAACCCGAUAGCUUUUCCUCCAGUAAAUUAUUCGAUAGGUUGUUAUCGAACAAAGAAAUCUCUUUGAGAAGAACCCGUUACGCGGAGAAAAUUCUCAUUCGAAGCGUAGAAUUCGUCGCGGUUCGCCUUCGUUCCGAUAUUCUCAAGCAUUUCGAGCAAGGAUGUUCGAAGGAUGUCGAUCUCGCGAAUUCUAUAGAAUCGAAAUCGCGUAUCGGUAAACGUUUGUACUUUAAGGGUCGUUACUUUCAGCGCAUCUUUUGGCGCAACGUUGUCCGUUUGAUGAACUACAUCAAGAACAUGGUGUCUUGGAAGGAAGUUUAUAACAAAGACAGAAGGAGAAGUUCGGUGAUUAAGAUGAAAGGUCGUUACUUAGAAACGUAUCUACUCGAGAAGGCGUUCUUCGAUCUGCACGAUCUUCGUGGCCGUUUUUCGGCAUACCCAAGCGUAGUCUCGUCAAGGAAAAAAUAUUUUGCCCGAACUCGUUACGUUGAGCGUAUCCUUAAAAAGCACUUCGAGUCUCUCGGCUUAAUCAUAAACUAUAUUCGCUGCCAGGUUCUCCAAGGUAUUUCCGAUUAUUCCGUCGUUAUUCCAGGCUGUUCAUCCUUGAACUCGCGCCAAAGCGACGCGUCUGUUUCGACCAUGAAAGAAGGCGAUAUCCUCUCCAAUUUGAUUCGUUCUUCUAAAGAUUUUAUCUCGACCGAGGUUUUCCAUCGUGGAAGUAGACGACUCUCAAGAUCGUCCAGAGGUAGCAUUUCCACCGGCUCCACGUAUUUCUCGAAUACCUUGGCCAGUUGUCUCUUCAAUUGGCUUCCUAUAAAAUUCUCCGGAGUAUCGAUGAAUCGAGAGAUUAGCGAUAAAAAGAUUAUCGAGGAAAACGAUCGCGACGGUCGUAGGCUGUCUUUCGUGCCAACCAUUCUGUACGAGGGACUAACGAAUCGUAUAGACGUCGAUUUCACGAAAUUGGUAGCAUAUGCGUUUGUACCUUGUACCUCGAUCAUUCUACUGUACAUGUACAAGUAAAUUCUCCGAUCGAUGAUCAGUCCAGCAGACGUCUAUCUAAAUAAGUUCACCCCAGACGGUACUAUUAAUGAUUACGAUUAUGUUUAGAUUUAGAACGACAUCACUUGUUCUAGGACAUCCUAACAGACGCUAAAUCAUCAUGGGCCAUCUGUAACCGUAUAAAAAAAAGAAAAAAAAAUGAAAAAGUGUUCGUCGUUCGUAAAGUGUGUGUUGUAUCUUCUGUCCAAUGUAACCGUAACCCGUUUCUCGUGACUAGAGGUAGCAAUUGUACUUGUUCUUAGGGCCGUGCAGCCAGAAAGCGUAGAGAUUCAUCCAUUAACUAAAUUAAUCGCUAACAAAUCGCGAUGUAUCUUUUAUGACAAAAGUAACGAUUUGUCUCUCGAAGCGUAUGUCUAAGCUAACGGCAAUGAUGCACGGCCCUGCAAGUGCAUUUAACAUAGUACAUAAAUUAAAAAAAGCAAGAAAAAAAAGCAGAAAAUAAUAUUCAGAAUGAUCGUACUCGCACGUCGAUUCAUUGGUAUCUAUCUAGUUUAACGAGUGUAGAGUAUAAAACGAAACUUCUGAGAUCUCGCGUUAUCAUGCACGCGCAGAUCGAUGCAUGUAAUAUCUACAUAUAAUUACCUCAUUGUCAAUGUACUCACGAUGGAUUGUCGAGAGAAAAGUACAUUCGAAAUAAAAUGCAUAUAUCUGGAUGCACCCAGUGCUAAAAUUCUCGAUAACCCUUAAUAUCGAACGGAGCAAUCAGGACGCUGCGUUUCGUCAUCGGGAUGAUGAUUCUCCCAAAAUCCUGUCUGUUUUCCGGAAACGGAACCGGCACUAAUUCAUCGUUACGUGUGCAAGGUACUCGUAACGGUAACGUACGAUUGGAAGUGCAUGCGCAAUCGGAGAUCGAGUGAUAGAAUAACGAGAAAAACAGCACGUGUCGAUGGACAAAGUGGAAAUAGAUCAAAGUACCGACGCGACGCAUGGAAAGAAAUCAUCCGAAUUUCCGUAUGCACUUCAAUCCCAUUUCGUUGCACGACAGACCAGACAAACCAUGAUUCACCGUUCACCUUCCCCCGGCCCCAUACUCUGUAGCUUCUU